CGGGACUCCCGCUUUAUUUCACCAUCUCAUUGCGAAGGGGGUCCUGGCAAGAGACGGCAGCAAGAAAUAACACGGCAAAGAGACCAAUCAUUCAACAGGACAGCAACAAUCAGAAAAACACCAAGAAAAGGAUAGAAAAGGCAAAAGAUAGCAAAUCCUGGUCCGGGUUUGUGAAGCAGACUGACAUUAUGAAGAUGGCACGCAGGUUAAACCUGAUCUUUCUAAUUUUUUUGGGAACGAACAUUUUACAACCAGAGGCCCAGGAGACGGAGCCCUGUCCUGAGAGGGCUGGGCCUUCAGAAAGGGGGCGUGGCUGCCCGAAGGCCUGUCUCCAGGACCAGGACUGUCCAAUCAGGAGGAAGUGUCUCUGUGACGGAGAGUGUGGGUGGAGCUGUGUGACACCAGCUCGCUCCUGCCCUUGGCCCCUCUCCUCCCCUCACUCUGUCUCUCUCCUCCUCUCCCCCUCUCCCUCGUUCUCUGCUCUCAUCGAGGUGAGCUGUCAGGAAGGAUUUGUGAUGGCCGACGGGCGCCAGGUUCUGAUUCGCCGUUGCCAAGGGGAUCGACACUGGAGCGGGGCGGAGCCUAACUGUGUUUCUGUGUCUGAACUGACAGAGACUUGCCCCACCCCUGGGCAGAUAGAGAACGGGUUCAACAGCGGGGGCAGAUUCACAGCUGGAGCAACUAUCAACUACAGCUGCAACUCGGGUUUUGAGCUGCAAGGCGUCUCUGAGAAUUACUGCCAAGAAAACCAAACCUGGAAACAUCCUGAGCCGAUUUGCAGACCGGUGCACUGCUCCCCUCCUCUCGAGCUCUCCCAUGGUUACCUGGUUGCUGUUCAGAGGAAGCAGUAUGAGGCCGGGGAGGUCAUCUACUACCUCUGCAGGAAGGGCUUCCUAUUGGACGGCUCCAACCGCGUCAUCUGCCAAUCAAACGGCACCUGGAGCCCGACCCCCUUCUGCCGAGCCCGCUGUGCAAUCCCGGUUCAACGCAGCCGGGUCUUGUAUAACAAGCAGAAGCUGUGGCCCUAUGAGGUGCAGGGGGGGCAGGUGCAACACGGGGAGGGCGUGUCCUUCUACUGCCGGGACGAGGCGAGGCGCUGCAGCUACCCCAUCCAAUCAGAGUGCUUCGACGGGACCCUGCCACUCCCACCCUGCUAUGAAGAGCCCACAUGGCUGCAGUACAAGCUGUUCACAAACAGAGUGGUGUCUGAAAUCAAUCAUUGUGACGAGAGAAACCAGUGAGGGGGGGCGGGGGGGCACAGAUACAUACACAUUAUUUUAAUAAGCUCUGCCCCAAGUGUUGUGGAGGGAGAGCAGGGAGGCGAGAGAGAGAGAGGGAGAGGCCAGAGAGGGGCACAGAUGCAAAUAAUUGCAAUAAGAAAGCUGUACCCCACAAGUGCAGUGUUACCCCUACAUGCUCAAAAUUGAGUUUCUCUUUCGGACUUCAGAGACCCAGCUCACACUGAAUGGAGUAUAUUAAAACAAGCACCAACAAUGUCUGUAUAUAAUCACUUCAAAUAAAUAAAAUACAAACUCAAACACUCA